AUGGAAAUGCCUAGUUCAAUUGUUAAACGAGAACUGAUAGAAACCACCCCAGCUUUUCAUUCAAAAUUGACAAGACCAAGACGGUUGUUGCCUGAAACGCCAAAUAAAUCAAGUGUUUCCUUUACGAACAUAGCAUGCCAGACGGAGUGCAUGGAUAAUGACAGGCCAGAUAAAUUCGUUACUGAACGAAGGAAGAAGGCGCAAGGUGUAUUCGGAAACCUUGCAAAUAACACUACCGACUACAAGAAGUUGGUGAGUGCUUUGGAGGAUCGAUUUGCACCUCCAAAUCAAACUGAAUUGUACCGGGUACAGUUAAGGGACCGGCAACAAAGAGCUACUGAGACAAUGUCAGAGCUAGGCCAGGAUAUUCGCCGUCUCACAAAUUUGGCAUAUCCAAGCGCACCAAAUGACGUGCGAGAAACGCUCGCAAAAGAGCAAUUUAUCGAUUCAUUGAUAAAUUCAGACAUGCGAUUGAAAGUUAAACAGGCUAGGCCUGUUGAUUUAAAUGAUGCUGUUCGGCAUGCUGUUGAACUAGAGUCCUUUUACCGUGCAGAGAAGCGGCAGAAAGGAAUGGUUCGGGCUACCAACCAUGAUGAAGACAAACACUCAGGGGAGUCCAUGUCUCAAAUGAGGGAAGAAAUUCGAGAUCUUCGAGCAAAGUUGAACGCUCAAACACAAUCGAAAUCGUUCAGUAAAAAUGAGAGUGGUAGUAGAAGUUAUCAGCAAACACCGUACAAGAAACAGUUUUAUACUGAAAACAGAUCAUUUGCCGCGAGCCACAGCGCCUGCCCAACGGGGUCGAAGUAUUAUGGUGGCACGUGUAUCCCGUGCCCCCGCGGUCAGUACCAGGACAUACCCGGGCAAACAAGCUGUAAACCCUGUCCACACGGAACCACAACCACUGGCACGGGCUCCUCCGCCAAGGCAGACUGCAUACACGUGUGCGAGGCGGGUUCGUUCUGGAACCCAGAGGCGUACCUGUGCCUCCCCUGCCCCAAGGGUCAGUACCAGGACCAGCCCGGCCAGCCCUCCUGCCUCCCCUGCCCUAAGGGUCAGUACCAGGACCAGCCCGGCCAGAGCUCCUGCUUCCCAUGUCCCGACGGCAAGACCACACCCUCCGAGGGAGCCACCAGUCCAGACAAGUGUACACCAGACGGGUGUGGGCCCGGUCAUAUGCGGGUCUCAUCCACGGGUGGUUGUCGUCCGUGUCAUAAGGGUUGGUACGAAUCAAGGCCGAAUCAGACAAAGUGUAAGCGGUGUCCGAUGGGCACGACCACGCCUAGCGAGGGCUCCACGACCAAGGACCAGUGCAAGUCGACGUGCAAGGUGGGAGAGUACCUGUUUGGGCGGGAGUGUGUACCCUGUAAGCGGGGGACGUACCAGGAUGAGCCUCAAGAGAUAACCUGUAAGCCCUGCCCGGACAAAACAUCAACAAAGACCAGGGGCGCUACCAACCAGCACGAAUGCUCGGAAUGCGCUCCCGGCUACGUACAUGGCGACACCGGCUGUAAGCCGUGCCCCGUGAGCUCAUAUCGCGCGGAGAACGCCCCUGACUGCAGACCUUGUCCUCCAGGCUUCACCACCGCCAGACAGGGCAGAUACAAAUCCUACCAUUGUUACCCGCUGUGUGACCCCGGAACGAGGUGGGACCGAGGCUCCGGCUCGUGCGUACCCUGCCCGAUCCGCCAGUACCAGGACCUGCCAAACAGGUACCGUUGCAAACUGUGUCCCGACGGCAAAACAACGUUCACCGUCGGCGCUUCCCGUGUCAGCGACUGCGUCGACGUGUGCCCGGUCGGCAAGAUGAUGCCAAAGAACGGCGCGGUUCCUGCGGACUGCGCACCAUGCCCAGCCGGCACAUUCAAGUCGGAUUCAAUGGACACGUGCAGACGAUGCAGCUCCAAGGCCGAGACCACGGAGCCAGGGGCAACGUCACAGAGAGAUUGUCAAUAUCGCUGCGGGCCAGGUUUGUUCUACAGUCAUGCACACGACGACUGUAUGAGCUGUUUUCCAGGAUCCUACACGGACAAACGAGGUCUUCUGAGGUGCACCCGCUGUCCGCCGGGACAGACAACACUAAGAGUGGGCUCGAAGUCGGCUGAAGAGUGUGUCGUUGAAUGUGGAAAAGGCCACCAGCGGGUGAGCGUGAAUGGACAGGAUACGUGCCAGCCGUGCCCCCGGGGGACGUACCAGCCCCGGGAUAACUGUCUAUCCUGUUUCCCCUGUAAGCAGUUUGAGGUCACACGAGGAGCCAGCUCCAAAAGCGCCGAUGAUUGUUUCGAUCCGUGUGAGAGCGGGUACGAGCUAGUUUCGCGUGACCCGGACGUCUGCGCCAUCUGCCCCGUGAACACAUACAGAAAAAAGAACAGGGACCCGAAGUGUAUUCGCUGUCCGCUAGGAUCCACCACCGACCAGUCCGGCGCCAAGUCCAAGGAUGAAUGUACUGUGCAUUGUCAUGCGGGUUAUUUCGAGCAGUACGGGACAUGCCACAAGUGUCCCCAGGGCACUUACCAGCCACAAACGGAACAGACGACAUGCCUUCCCUGUCUACCUGGCCAGACGACCAGCCAUACCGGAAGUGUAUCAGAAGAUGAAUGUAUAUGCGACCCCGGUUCGUUCUGGUCCGCGGCUCAGAGAAAGUGCGUCCUUUGUCCCGAGGGCAAAUACCAGGACAAACCCGGCCAGAAUCAGUGUGAGCUGUGUCCUGUCGGCACGCGGACGAACCGCCCCGGCGCUGACAGCGCACAGGACUGUAUAGUAUCGUGCGGCCCUGGUUAUUUCUUAGACCGGCGGCGGUACGACCACGCAACGUGCACAAAAUGUCCGGUAGAUUUGUACCAGGACCGUCCAAACCAGGACAGCUGUAAACCCUGUCCGCGCGGGACCGGCACGGACACACCAGGGGCCACCCGCAGGCAGGAUUGUCAAGUUUCGUGUAAGCCUGGUUAUUACUUGAGAGGGGGAAAAUGUGUGCCAUGUGGCCUUGGGACGUAUCAACCGCGGGCCGGUCAGACCAGUUGUUAUCCGUGCGAGGGAUACAAGACCACCCAAAAAAUCGCGUCCAACAGCAAGAACGACUGCAUCGCUCCGUGCACGGCAGGUUCGUUCUGGGGCGUGUUUCAGUGUUUUCCCUGUCCCGUGGGUCAGUACCAGGACCAGCCCGGACAGAACGCCUGCAAACCCUGCCCACCCGGCAGGACAACCGUAGACAGGGGUUGUACAGAUCAAGUUGAGUGUAUAGUCCAGUGCAGUACUGGUUAUUACUGGUCGGCGGAGUCCCACGGAUGCGCCCCCUGCCCCCUUGGGACGUACCAGGACGAACCAAACCAGUCUUCCUGCAAAGACUGUCCACACGGAACGACCACCCUGUACGUGGGAACGCCCUCGCCACACUAUUGCAAAGGUUGCGAGUCGGGGCGGCAGUACGACCCUGUGAGCCGGAAGUGCGAGGUUUGUCCGCCCAAUACCUUCUGGGACAAGACUUCCUGUGUGUCCUGUCCACACGGCUACGCCCGCAAGCCCGGUGCAUAUGAUUGUGAACCACCUUGUGAACCGGGAACGUUCUGGGACGUUAAUCGGAAGUUGUGCAUCCCGUGCCCCACGGGUCAAUACCAGGACAGCGUCGGACAGCAGUCCUGUAGACACUGCCCCUACGGUCAGACCACAGAACAUGGAGGUGCCAAAACGGUGUACGAAUGCAUUGAUAUACCUGGUUGUCCGCCCGGGACCUUCAAGACUCCCGGGACCUCCGUGUGUGACCCCUGUCCCAGCGGCUCCUACCAGGACAGACCGGAUAUGACGUAUUGUAACGCCUGUCCCGACGGCCUCCAUACGGCCACACCAGGGGCUAAAAGUCGGGAGGACUGUCAAGCCCCAUGCCCAGCAGGUCGAUACUGGGACAGUCAUUACGAGGACUGCCGUCCAUGUCCUAUUGGCCAGUACCAGGAUCGGAAGUACCAGACAAGCUGUAUUUCCUGCCCUCGUGGUCAGACAACAGACGCCGUGGGCGCCGCGAGCAAGGAUAAAUGUAAAGAGGAACGUGACGAGGAUUGCCCUCCCGGCAAAUUCCUGGACCACGCCAGUUACACGUGCAGACCGUGUCCCGUUAACUCGUACAAGGACCGCAACGGGCAGGUCUCGUGCACACCGUGCGGAUAUGGAAAGUUCACCAGCGAGCCCGGCUGCACCAGUAGCAAGCAAUGUAAAGAGUGUCCCCUUGGAAAGCAGUUUGACGAGUCAACCCACGAGUGCGAGCCAUGCCCUGUUAACCAGUACCGGGACGCCGGUCACUACAAGUGCCUGCCUUGUCCCUACGGUCUCCACACUCCCGCCGUUGGCAGCACCGUGUGCGCGCGUACGUACAUACCGGUUUCUAGUCAGAAGGUUCAAACUACACAAUCUUCUUGUGAGGCAGGGGCGUAUUGGCUGCGGGCGCUCCAGCUGUGCCUCAAGUGUCCCAAGGGCACCUACCAGGACGAGCCCUACCGGGACUCCUGCAAGCCAUGCCCCGCUGACCAUGCAGCCUGUGGAAAGGGCAAUUACCAGGAGGGAGGCGAGUGCAGGCCAUGUCCGGUGGGCACCUAUCAGAGCCGGGAGGAGAUGACAUACUGUGUGGCCUGUCCACAGGGUUACAUAACACCAAACACCGGGGCGAACACAUACCAAGACUGUAUUGAGUGUCCAGGGGGCGAGGAACGGCGGUACGGUGAGACCCGAUGCACGCCGUGUCCCAAAAACCAGUACCGGUCGCCGGGCGAGCCGUCUUGCCGCCCCUGUCCGGAUGGCCACAUUACACUCAACACAGGCUGCCAUUCCGUUGCAUUAUGUCUUCAUGCCCCGCCUCCCACGUGCCCAGUCGGUUCCUUCUUGGACGUGUCCAGUAAGACGUGCAAGAAAUGCCCGGUGGGGACAUACCAGGACCAGACCGGUCAGACUUCUUGCACGCAGUGCUCGGAUGGUCAAACAACAGCCCACCCUGGCGCAGACAGCAGCAACGACUGUAGACCGUGUGACGCCGGCUACUAUUACAUCCCCGGCCAUGACGGAUGUGAUCCCUGUCCGCAGAACACGUACUGUGAGAGCGGGCAGACCCAAUGUAACCCAUGUCCUUCCAGCUACAUCACCCUUCACACAGGAACCGGAUACAAAACUGAUUGCUUACCUCCGUGUGACAAAGGUCAGUUUUGGGACAGCACGUAUGGACUAUGUCGGCCAUGCACUAUUGGAAAAUACCAGAACAAACCUAACCAGGAGGAAUGUGUUGAUUGUCCUCACGGCAAAACUACGGCAUCUGAAGGAGCAACACACCUUUAUGAUUGCAUUGAUAAACCACCACAAGAUUGUCCUAAAGGUAGUUUCCUGGAUCACUCAACAAAAACUUGUCAAAAAUGUCCUGUUGGGACAUACCAAGAUGAAACAGGACAAACCAACUGUAAACCAUGUCCGGACGGAAAGACCACGCGUUACCCGGGAGCAGACAACGAGCAUGAUUCGUGUGACGCCGGCUACUAUUACAUCCCCGGCCAUGAUGGAUGUGACCCCUGCCCCCAAAACACGUAUUGUGAGAGCGGACAGAGCCAGUGUUACCCCUGUCCUUCCGGUUACAUCACACUUCACACAGGAACCGGAUACAAAACAGACUGCUUACCUCCGUGCGACCGAGGCCAUCACUGGGAUUCCAGUCUCAAGAUAUGCAGACCUUGUCCUGUAGGCCGCUACCAAGACAAACCUCAUCAGUUAAGCUGCGACGAAUGCCCGUAUGGAAAAACUUCCGAGCAUGAGGGAUCCACAACAAUCUACGACUGUACUGAUUUACCUCCACCAGACUGUCCUAAAGGCAGUUUUCUGGAUUUGUCGUCCAAUCAGUGCAGAGAAUGCCCAGUUGCAACCUACCAGGACCAGCAAGGGCAAACCACAUGCAAGCCGUGUCCGGAGGGCAAAAUAACGCCACACCCCGGCGCUGACAGCAUUACCGACUGCCAAGCCUGUAGCCCCGGCUACUAUUACAUCCCCGGCCAUGAUGGGUGUGAUCCUUGCCCCAAGAACACCUACUGUGAGAGCGGACAGACCCAGUGUUACCCCUGCCCGUCCGGCUACAUUACGCUACACGUGGGAACGGAACACAAAACUGACUGCCUGUCCCCGUGUGAACGGGGUCAGUUUUGGGACUCCGUCUACACGAUAUGCCGACCAUGUGCUGUAGGAAAGUUCCAGGACAAGCCGCACCAGGAGCACUGCCAAGACUGUCCACAUGGAAAAACAACUAAACAUGAGGGAUCAACUAUCAUAUAUGACUGUAUAGACUUACCACCUCGUUCGUGUUCGAAGGGUCACUACCUAGAUGUAUCAACAGACUCGUGCAAACAAUGUCCAGUCGGUACAUACCAGGACGUUCCUGGCAAGACCUCGUGUAUACCGUGCCCUGUUGGGACAACCACGCCUUUCCCUGGAGCCUCUAGCGCGGACCAUUGCAAACCCUGUGAACCCGGCUACUAUUACAUCCUCGGCCAUGAUGGCUGUGAUGCCUGCCCCAAGAACACGUACUGUGAGAGCGGACAGACCCAGUGUUACCCAUGUCCUUCCGGCUACAUCACCCUACACACAGGAACCGGAUACAAAACAGACUGCUUACCGCCAUGUGACAAGGGCCAGUUCUGGGACGAUUCUGUGAAGCUGUGCAGAUCAUGUCCAGUGCGGACAUACCAGGAUAAACCGCACCAGGAGCUAUGUGAACAAUGUCCCGACGGCAAAACGACCGAGCACGAAGCAUCCACCAGCGUCCUCGACUGUAAAGAAAAACCUCCUCCGUCCUGCCCAGCUGGUUCAUUCCUGGACCUGCCCUCCAAGGAGUGUAGAAAGUGUCCAGUAGGUACUUAUCAGGACCAGGCUGGCCAAACAGUCUGCAAACCCUGCCUCGCCGGCCAAACAACACCCUCGCCCGGCGCAGAUAGCUUACACGAUUGCAAACCGUGUGACGCCGGCUACUAUUACAUCCCCGGCCAUGAUGGUUGUGAUCCCUGUCCGCAGAACACGUACUGUGAGAGCGGACAGAGCCAGUGUUACCCCUGUCCUUCCGGUUACAUCACCCUGCACACAGGAACAAGAUACAAAACUGACUGCUUACCUCCGUGCGAACGAGGCCAUCACUGGGACUCCAGUGUCAAGAUAUGCAGGCCUUGUCCUGCUGGCCGCUACCAGGACAAACCUCAUCAGUUAAGCUGCGACGAAUGUCCAUAUGGUAAAACUACCGAGCAUGAGGGAUCCACAACAAUCUACGACUGUACAGAUGUGCCUCCACCAGAAUGUCCGAUAGGUAGUUUCCUGGAUUUGUCGACGACACAAUGCAGGAAAUGUCCGGUGGGAAGCUACCAAGACCAGAAAGGACAAACCUCAUGCAAGCCAUGUCCUGAAGGCAAACUGACGCCACAUCCCGGUGCUGACAGAAUUACAGAUUGCAAAGCAUGUGACGCCGGCUACUAUUACACCCCCGGCCAUGAUGGGUGUGAUCCCUGCCCCAAGAACACAUACUGCGAGAGCGGACAGACCCAGUGUUACCCCUGUCCUUCUGGAUACAUUACCCUGCACACAGGAACCGGAUAUAAAACUGACUGCUUGCGUAUCGUAACGGGACGCCAUGUGCCUGACUGCCCUAAGGGGACCUUUACCGACGCUCAUAACAACUGUCAAAAAUGCGAACCGGGAUUUUACCAGGACCUCCCCUACCAGAGAUUCUGUAAACCUUGCCCCCAAGGAACGACCACGCUACACCCUGGAGCAGACAGGGUGACCAACUGCAAACCAAUCGGAAACUGUGACAAGGGCCACUUCUAUGACCAUCAUUUAUACACGUGCACGCCUUGUCCGCUGGGAACAUACCAGGACGAACCUGGCAAAGAGUCAUGUAAACCCUGUCCCUAUGGGAAAACUACACACCAGACAGGGACGUAUGCACCCGCAGGAUGUAUCUCAACAUCAACAACUAAACCAGCAGGUGCCUGUGACAAGGGCCACUACUUUGACCAUCAUUUAUACACCUGCAAUCCUUGUCCACUUGGAACAUACCAGGACGAAUCUGGCCGAGAGUCAUGUAAACCCUGUCCCAAUGGACAAACGACACAGCAGACGGGGACGUAUGGACUCGCAGGAUGCACACCUCCGAAUUGUGAGAGCGGGUAUGAAUGGAAUGAUGGCAAGUGCACACCAUGUGGAUAUGGUUCCUAUAGAAACAAAAAUCUCCACAUACGAUGCCAGCGUUGUGCUUAUGGAUAUAAGACACUCUCACAGUUUUCCAAAGAUGUCAAAGAUUGUGUACCAUCAGUAGCAAUUACACCACCAGACGAGGAGCUCUGCACCAUGGCCCUUGACCUGGUGCUCGUUGUCGACUUGUCCAGGAUGGUUGGUCCAAGAACCGUGCACAUUCUAAGAGAAUACCUUAUCCAGCUGCUGAAAAAAUUCAAGAUCAGCAAGACGAACGUACGUGUAGGGAUCCUCCAAUAUGCCAGAGGCGUGAACGCUGUCGUGGAGCUGAAGCAUGGCACCAACAUUCAAACGGUAAUAUCCAAGAUAACUAAGAAUUUCAAGACGAGCAGAUACCCGACAGUGAAUACAGCCCGAGCCCUGAACGCCGCAUGGAAGAUGCUGCAAAAACAGGGCUUUGCCAGCUGCGCCAAGCACGUUCUGCUAGUGACCGACGAAAAGGCGGACAACAGCCGUACGGACCUGUAUUCGGCAGCUGGCCUUAUUAAACGAGAAGCCAAACUUUCUGUUAUAGGUAUUCCUGUGAUGUUAAAUCUGGCAUCGGACCCGUCCCUGGCCUUUCAGAUCUCCAGCUAUACAACUCUGCCCAAUGUCCACACAGUCGCAAACAAGAUCUGCUCACAGGAUACUGUCCACAGAGGCUAG